AGGGGGGAGCAGUGGGGGGCACCUGCCUGGGCGUCCCCAAGAGGGGCAGGGUCCUGCUGUGGGUCAUGGGUCAGCGGCUGGCAUGGGGCUAGGGGUUCCCUGCAUGGCAUCUCCCGGUACCCAGCGGCACCUGGCAUGGCGUGGGGAUGGCACCCCCUGCAUGGCUGUGCUCCUAUCCUGACCUAUGGGAGUCGGGCUGCCUGUUCCUUCUUGAUGGGUAAACUGAGGCACGGAGGAAUGUAAUGUAGCAGUGCAGCUUGGUCAAGCCUGGCACAGCUCUGGGUGGGACACAGUGCCUGGUGCAGCGCGGUGUCACCCGGCCACAGCGUCACAUCCAGCCAACAGCCCUGUGGGCUCCCAUCCAUGUGUGGAGGUGCCACUGGGCAGUUGUCAGGCUGUGUGUGGGUCAGCAGGGAGUGCAUAGGUGCAUGUGGAGGGUGCAGCUGCCUCCAAGAGGUGUUGGGGUGUCAGCGUGGUUUGGAGUAAUUGGAGGAAGGGGGGUUGGGCACUUGGUGACAGCUCAGGUGAGUAUGAUGUCUGGCAAGCGCAGAUGUCACGCAUGCCCCACCAGCCUGUAGCGGUGAGGAGCAUGCCACACGGGGGGCAGGCACCCAUGGGCGCACAGGGGUGCAGGCAGCUCCAGGUGUGCAUCAGGCGGAGGCGGGGGAACGGGCCGGUGUGCAGCCGCCGGCUGUGCGGCGCCGGUGUGUUUGCGCACGUGCAGCCAGGCAGGGCGGUAGCUGGGGGGGGGUGCACGGAGGUGACGCGUGCGUGGGGGGACGGCUGCGGUUGUGCAGGUGGCAGGAGGCACGCGGGGUGCCGGGGGUUGCGCCUGUGUGGUCCUGGGGUGCACGUGAGAGUCGUCACCACCUGUGCAUGAGCCUGGGUGCAUGUAGGGUGCACCCUUGGGCUGUGGGGGCGGGUGUGCACAGUAUGGCGGGUGUGCAGGGCGUGGGGAGGCCGAGUGGCACCUGUACUGGGGGUCUUUGCUGCCUGCCAGGUCGUGGGUGCUGGAUGGGCAUCUGUGAUCCCUUCCUCAGGACAAGGGCUUUCUAGCAGGACUCUGCUUGCCCAUCUCAGAGCCGAGGUGGCGACAUCACCCCCUGUGCCUAUCAGUAUAUCACAGAGAGGGAAACUGAGGCACGGAGCCACCCCCAGUAUCGUGGGCAAGGCUGCAUCCCCCGUUCCCUUUUGGAGACCAGUACUCCCAGUGCAGGCGCUAUACUGGGCAGCCUCACCCAAGGUUUUGGGGUGCAGGAGGCAGCACACUGGCCUCAGUAGGUGCAAGUCUCUGUGGGUGCCAUCCCCUGUUGGUGGGGGUGAUGCACCGUGCCAGGGCAGGGAACCCCUCACAUCCCCAGUGUCUCCUGGGCUGAGUAGGGGGCAGCUGGCGCGUGGCAGAAGUUGGUGCCGAGGGAACCAUGCCCAGAUAUCUCCAGUCAAUGGUCUCGUUGUGCUGGGCGCCUGUGCUGCCGGGUGCCAGCUGGGAUCCCAGUGGUGGUGGAAGCUGCAGCGGAGGCUCCUCUGUGCCUGGGGAUGCACUUAACCCCCUCCCGGCUGCUCCUGGCACAGCGAUGGCUGUGGUUUGGGGGGGGGCGGAGAGGUGGGGGCCGCAGCAAGAGGUUGCCGCGGGUCACUCCUCUCUCAUGCUGUGGCUGCUGGGACAGCCAGAUGUUCUCACUGGGGAGCUCGUGGGUGGACGGCAGUGCUGGGAUUGGGUGCCAGCCCUGCUGGGGAAGAGGGUCGAGCCCUGGGGUGCUGGUGGCACCCCACGGCAGAGCCCUGCGGAGGCUGGCGGCCAAACAGCGGGUGUGUUUGCCGAGCCAGAAGCUCCCCCCACAGUGCCCAUCGCCCUGGCAUCGUGCCUGUGCUCUCGGUUGUGGAGCGGAGGGCCGGAUGUCUCCUCUCCCUUCCUCCCUCCCCGCUUCCUGGGGGGAAACUGAGGCCCGGGAGUGUUUCCCAAGGCUGGGGCGAGUUUCCAUGGAAAUGGGAGCAGGGGUCCAGGCUCCCAGCUGCCGGCGCGGGCACCCGCUUAACAAGGGAGAAAGCGGCACAUUGAUGGGAGCCCAGCCCCCUGGGCGCGUGUCCCAGCCCCAGCCGAAAAUAGCCCCUCCCGGGGAGCACCGCACAGGCAGCUGGCCGGGAGCGAACCCUGCGGCCGGCCGAGGGUCCCCAGGAAGCGGCUCCAGCCAGGGGGUGACCCCCAGCCCUGCCUGCCGCUGUCUCCUCCGCCCCGUUGCGUUGGGGAAGGGGAGGGCCGGCGGGGAGGAUCAAGAGCCGGACGAAAGGAGGGGGGAGAGCCGCAGCUUGUGUCUGGCUGACGGACACCCCGAGCCCCCUUGCCCGCUCCGGGGGGAUAUAUGGGGCGGCCGAGCUUGGGGGGCAUCUCUGUAGCCCAGAUGACGGGGCUGCGGGUGCCCCAGCUGCACUGAGCGGGCUCUGUCGUGGGACGCCGGCACCGGGAAAGGGACAUCGGCAGUGGCAGGGGCCGGCAGCGGGCAGCCAGGCAGGAUGCGACGCUUCCAGGCUUUGCACCGAUCCUUCCCCUUCCUCACCCGCUUCCGCUUCUACCGAAGGCUGAGCUGUAGCAUGCAGGCAGAGGAGGGCACGGACUGGCUGCUGGAGCUGCUGACCGAGUUGCAGCUGCAGCAGUACUUCCUGCGCAUCCGGGAUGAGCUCAACGUCACCCGCCUCUCCCACUUCGAGUACGUCAAAAAUGAGGAUCUGGAGAAGAUCGGCAUGGGACGCCCCGGCCAGCGGCGGCUGUGGGAGGCGGUGAAGCGAAGGAAGGCCAUGUGCAAGCGGAAAUCCUGGAUGAGCAAGGUGUUCAGCGGGAAGCGCCCCGAGUCAGAGCUGCCACCCCAGCCCCAGAGCACCUUCCGCAAGCCCCCCACGCCGCCACCCCCCGAAGCAGGGGGCCAACACUCCCUCACCUGCCUCGUGCGGGAACGGGACCUCUCACUCUUUGAGAAACUGGGUGACGGCUCCUUUGGCGUCGUGCGUCGCGGCGAGUGGUGCACACCUGCUGGCAAGACGCUGAAUGUGGCAGUGAAGUGCCUCAAGACAGACGUGCUGAGCCAGCCAGAGGCGCUGGAUGACUUCAUCCGGGAGGUGAACGCCAUGCACUCCCUGGACCACAGGAACCUCAUCCGCCUCUACGGUGUGGUGCUCUCCCACCCCAUGAAGAUGGUGACAGAGCUGGCCCCGCUGGGCUCCCUCCUGGACCGCCUGCGGAAGAACCAGGGCCAUUUCCUCAUCUCCACCCUCUGUCAGUAUGCCAUCCAAGUGGCCAAGGGCAUGGCCUACCUGGAGUCCAAACGCUUCAUCCACCGUGACCUGGCUGCUCGCAACAUCCUGCUGGCCUCCAAUGAGCUCAUCAAGAUUGGGGACUUUGGGCUGAUGCGGGCCCUGCCCAAAAAUGAUGACCACUACGUGAUGCAGGAGCACCGCAAGGUCCCCUUUGCCUGGUGUGCUCCCGAGAGCCUGAAGACACGCACCUUCUCCCACGCCAGUGACACCUGGAUGUUUGGGGUGACCCUAUGGGAGAUGUUCACCUACGGGCAGGAGCCCUGGAUCGGCCUCAAUGGCAGCCAGAUCCUGCACAAGAUCGACAAGGAGGGUGAGCGGCUGCCGCGGCCUGAGGAUUGUCCCCAGGAUGUCUACAACGUCAUGCUGCAGUGCUGGGCACACAAGCCCGAGGACCGACCCACCUUCGUGGCCCUGCGGGACUUCUUGGUGGAGGCCCAGCCCACUGACAUGAGGGCGCUACAGGACUUUGAGGAGGCUGACAAGCUGCACAUCCAGAUGAACGACAUCAUCACGGUCAUCGAGGGCAGGGCCGAGAAUUACUGGUGGCGGGGUCAGAAUAAGCGGACUCUAAAAGUGGGCCAGUUCCCCCGAAACACGGUGACCUCGGUGGCGGGGCUGUCAGCCCACGACAUCAGCCAGCCGCUUAAAAACAGCUUCAUCCACACAGGCCAUGGAGACACCAACCCGCAGCACUGCUGGGGGUUUCCCGAUAAAAUUGAUGAGCUGUACCUGGGAAAUCCCAUGGACCCUCCUGACAUUUUAGGUGUGGACCCAAGCACUGCCAGACCCACCCAGCUUCCAGGCAGAGCUAAAAGGCAGCCACCUCCGCGCCCGCCUCAGCCUUCCGUCCUGCUCACCAAGCCCUGCUACGACCCGGUCAGUGAGGAGGAGGAGGGUCUGCCAGGGGGUCUCCGGAAGCUCUGCCUGAAGAAGCCGAGCACGGGGAAAGGUCCGCGGCCAAUCAAGCCAUCAGCACGGGUGCCGGGCACCAAGGUGGGCGAGCGGCAACCCAGCCGGCUACCAAGCGAGGGACCAGCGGGCGGCGAGGUGACCCUCAUCGAUUUUGGGGAGGAGGUGCCUCAAGGUAGCCCAUCACCGGUGGGAGAGCUGACGGCCCCAUCAUUGGCCAAGCUGGCCAUGGAGGCCUUCUCACUGCUGGACAAGACCCCACCACAGAGCCCCACGCGGGCUCUACCCCGGCCCCUCCACCCCACACCGGUGGUGGACUGGGACGCCCGACCCUUGCCCCCGCCACCCGCUUAUGAUGAUGUGGCGCAGGACGAGGAUGACUUUGAGGUCUGCUCCAUCACCAGUCCCCCGAGCCGGCGGGGCAAGACCAACUACGGCUUUGUGGACGAGGGAGAGCGGGGACCAGUGCUGGAGGACAACCUCUUCCUGCCCCCCAAGGAGACCAAGCAGCCCAGCUUGACACAGACCACUGAGCUCUUUGAGGAGCUGCAGCAGGAGUGCAUGAAGAGGCUCAAUGUCCCUCUGGGACAGGCUGUCCCCACUGACGACAAGCCCCAAAUCCCGCCCCGUGUCCCCAUCCCACCCCGACCCCUCCGCCGCAACGAGCCCGGGCGCUGGUCGGGGGACCUUUCGCCAGCUUCGGGGGGUGAGGAAGACCGGCCACCCCAGAUUCCCCCCCGAGACCCGCUGUCACAGCCCACCUCCCGGACGCCCAGCCCCAUGGCUCUGCAGGUGGGCUCCCCCCAGCAACGUGCUGCUCUCUGCUCCUACCUCUCCACCUCGCCGGGGAAGCCCAUGCCCACCACGCAGAGCUUCGCCCUUGACCCCAAAUAUGCGACCCCCAAAGUCAUCCAGGCACAGGGCAAGGACUGCUCCAAGGGACCCUGCAUCCUGCCCAUCGUCAAGGAUGGGCAGAAGGUCAGCAGCACCCACUACUACCUGCUGCCUGAGCGCCCGGCUUACCUGGAUAAGUAUGAGAAGUUUUUCAAGGAGGCCAAAAGCCCCGAGGAGGUUCCGGCAUCUCGCCUGGUCACCACAGCCACCGUCCGUCCCAUGGUGCAGCAGCCACCGCUGGACUGCAAGGCCAACUUCUCCUCCAACAACAGCAACCCUGGGCCCAAGUGCCUGGUGAAAGCUUCCUGCAGCCUCCAGAAGAUCGUCUAUGAUGGGCCAGAUGGCUACCGCCCUGCUGACAAAAUCCGGCUGGUGCAGGACACGGUGCACGGUGUGACCACUGAGGAGUGCCAGGCAGCCCUGCAGAACCACGGCUGGAGCGUCCAACGGGCCAUCCAGUACCUGAAGGUGGAGCAGCUCUUCUGCCUGGGGCUGAAGUCUCGUGUGGAGUGUCACCGCGUGCUGGAGAUGUUUGACUGGAACCUGGCCCAGGCCAGCUCCCACCUCCUCGAUCCCUACAGCACCGCCCGCCAGAAGCGAUGACAGCAGGGAUGGGGCAAGCUGGGCCGGAUCUGGAGCAGGCAUCUCACUGCAGGGCCACCCCCUUGGUGCCCACCCCCACCCACGGAACCUGCUGCUGGACUCUGGACUGAGCCCCCACUCGGGGGACAGGGACACCCCGAAAUGGAGCCUGCCCACUGCCCCCGACUUGCCAGGAUGCCUGUGUCCUGGCCUUGGCGAUGGGCUCUGUCGCCUGGCCCAUCAUUGAAUUGUUUUUGUAAAGAGAAAUGUAAUUUUAAUAUAUAUAUUAUAUAUAUAUAUAUAAAAUAUUCUAUGGAGAAGGA